AUGACACGGUGCACUGCACGAGCAAAGCUGUGCAGCGGGAACGAGCUGCUGAACCGGGACUCGUUCGCUACGUCUGAAGCGAACAAGCAGCUCGCUUCUCGUUGCUGCGGCGAGCACUUGCGCCCGGGCGGGUAUCUCGAUCCACAACCAAGUUCGGGUCGUGUACGCAAGAGACCAGCAGCCAGCGUCCUAGAGCGCACCUGCAAUUAUCGCUUGAUCCUGGCUGGGCUUUUGAUCUGUGCUCUGACACUUGUCUGUUUGCUGAAUGUGGAGGCAGCUCCACAAAACACUGCGGCCGGGGGCAGCGCCUCUGAGUCUGGCGCCUCGGUUCGGGCAAGAAACGAUAUGCAGGAUCCCGUGCAGACUGCGGAUACUUUAACGAGGAAGAGCGGGGUGCAUAUAACGCUUGCCAAACGAGAGCAACACGCUCAUGGCAGGUCGGUUCUGAAAGAGCUGAAAGCGCGCUCUUUUUCUGUAGCUACCUACCAGUCGCUGGGGAUGAUUCUAGUGACGGAGCUUGGUGACAAAACUUUCUUCAUUGCAGCGGUGCUGGCUGCGCGCCACUCCCGUUUCACUGUUCUGCAGGGUGCGCUGGGCGCGCUCGUCAUUAUGACGGUUUUGUCUGCGCUGCUCGGGCGCACGUUUCCCACCCUGUUCUCGCCUCAGUAUACGAGUAUUCUGGCUGGUGUCCUUUUCGUCUAUUUUGGCGUACAGAUGCUACGGGAUUAUUGGCGGCUUUGUCAGAAACGGAACCGUGCCGGAGGAGAAAUCGAUACUGAAUCGAACGAUGGAAGCACGACUUGUGAAGUCGCUGCCGAGGGCGCCAAUGGAAGCGAGUUCGACCUCCAGGCGCUCGAAGAGAAGCUUUCACGGGAUCGAGAGCGCCCGAGCUGGACACCAGGCGACGAUGGACGUCCGUUGCCCGACGCAGGGACGCGAACAGAGCAGAGCUCAAUGCCGGGCCCUUCGACCUGGCUGAAUAUUGCUCGCGACAAAAUCCGCGUGAUAGAGACACUGGCGCAACUGUGCUUUUCACCCUUGUUCUUACGGGCGUUUACGCUGACCUUUUUAGCUGAAUGGGGCGACCGCAGUCAAAUCGCAACCAUCGCUCUUGCCGCCCAUCGAAAUAUCCACGGCGUUGUGCUCGGAGCGGUAUUGGGUCAUCUGCUCUGUACGGGUUUAGCGGUAGUCGGCGGGCGUCUGGUAGCGCACAAGAUUCCUGAGCGCUUUAUUGCGCUUUGUGGGGGCAUUCUCUUCAUUCUUUUCGGGGUUCUCUCCUUCGCAAACGAUCACGACGAUGCCUGA